AUGCUCUCCCAAACCCUUCUCAUCGCCCUCAGCGGCGCCGUCGCCGUCAGCGCCCUGCCCAACAACGUGCAGGAGCGUCAGGUUGAGGACUACGCCGAGUGCGCCUCGGCCAUCUCGUCGGCCUACAAGGGGAUGCCCACCCCUCCCCCCGAGCUGCAGUCCUUCUACAUGACGCAGACGCAGACCGACUUCUGCAGCAUGACGUACCCGGCGUCGCUGCAGCCGGUCGUCUCGAGCUUCCAGAGCGCGGGGUCCUCGUGGGCCGCCGCCAACAGCGCCAAGGUCAGCUCGGCCAUGUCCAAGUGCCCGGACAUGGCCAGCCUCACCAAUGACAUCCAGCUGCCCAGCUGCACCGGCGGCACCGACAGCAGCAACAGCGGCGGCAGCAGCGACGGCAACGACGACACCUCGGGCGGCUCCGACAACGACAACGACAACAACAACAACAACAGCAACAGUGACAGUGAUGAGAACGCUGGCCACCGCAACACUGGCGUUGCUGGCCUUGCUGUUGCCGCCGCUGCCUUCAUUGGCGUCGUUGCCGUCGUCCUCUAA